UCCCACUGCAGCAGAGGGGUAUUGGCGGAUUUGUAAGCUAACUGGAAGCUGGUUGCAUUGCCUACGGUUUGCCUUGUGCUUAAUGUGAUCCUCUCUAUGCCCAUUGUUCCUUGUUUCUAUUGAGAACCGGCCCCAACACAAAGGAUUCUUCCAGGGAUUCGGCGCGAGAUAAAUAUGUCAGAAAGGGUUAUGUCGGCCACACGUCGCCCAGCUGGACUUGGGCUGGAGAGGAAUGAUUGGUGGCUUUAUAUUCCUUAUUAAUGUCCGUGCUUGGUCGGGGGCCCUUGGCUGUUUGUCUGUGAUAGUCAUGAAACCCCCGGUGAGUAAUUCAGGAAUGUUUAAGACCAUUGAACUCCGCAAUAUGCGGUUAUAUUUGUCGGGCUUUGGAAAUAUAGAUUCUUUGGGGCCGUUCCGCUGUAUAGGACGCAUGGAAGUAUUCCGUCGCUUAGGGUUUGCUCCUAUCACGACCAGGAGUUGGGUGGCGUAGUGUCUUGUACAUUACGCCUUGUAUACACUAAAGUCGCUGCAUUAGCCUUUUACAUAACCUGGGCACAAUUUAGUGUUGCCUAACCUGGAGAUCUG